AUGUACAACCCAGUUGAGUAUUAUUAUUCCAAUGAUUAUUAUGUGACCCAAAUCACUAAGCCAGAAAGUACUAGAAAUAAUACUUCCUAUUCGCCUAGAAAACUCAUCAUGGGAUAUUGGAAGAAGGAUUAUAAAUCAUUUAUUAAACAAAGGACCAUGAAUUUGGAAUCUAAGGAAAUCCAGCCUCAUUCAGCUAAGUAAAAAGGUAUGAAAUAAUCAUUCACUCGAUUGGCAGAAUCUAUUUUAAAUGCUAGUAAUUGUUUUGAAAAUAUCCCAAAUAGAUAGACAAAGACAGAUAGAUUUGUCAAAAAAUUGAAAAAUAACAUAACCACUCCUUCGCCAUCACAUUCUAAAGGGCAUAAUCAUGAGGUUCGCAAAAUUCCAGGUCGUCUUUAUAAAGGAACGCUUCUCAAAAAUUUAGAUAACACAACAAAUUCAUUUGAAAAGUCUUAUAUUUUGGAUUCAAAAAAGGAGUUUGGAUAUUCUACAAUGAGUCCAAAAACUACAAAGAAAGACAAAAGUUAAGAAUAACUUAGAUAAAAGCAUAAACAAAUUUCAAAUACAGAAUAAGUAGUAACACCUUACAAAGAACUUAAAUAAUAACUGACCAUAAGAAGAUCGACAUUGAAUAAUACAAACUCCACAAUCUCUUUAAAGAAAACAAUUUAUAACGUUGUUGAUGAAAAAUUAGAAGGUAUGAAACUAGAAUGCUUAUUAAUCAAACCCUGUCCAAAUAAUAUCAACAAUUUGGUUAUGAUUCAAUUUGAAAAUGUUUUAGGCUAUGAUGAAUCUAGUUUUUUUGGUUUAUAACCUGAUUUUGUUGGAAGCAGGUAAUAUGAAGAAUAUUUAAUAUUGAGGGAUCAUUAUUUUUAAAGAGCCACAUCCACUUCAUCCUUUUAUGUGCACAAAAACAUCAAAGAACUUUUUAAUUCUAUAUCUAGGGUUUAUCAGAUAGGCAUUUAUACACUCAAUUAUUCAUCACUUCUCAAAGAUCUUAUCAAUGAAAAAAAGCUAAAAAUAAAUGGUGCAUUUUAAAUAACUGAUUACAAAAUAGAUACAUUUGUAGUCGACAUUACUACUGUCUUAACUAACUUUAAGAUUAAGAAUCCUCAAUUAUUAAUAUUUAUUCAACCCUUCUAAUUACUCAAUUUGUAAGAAUUCUUUGUACCAAAUCAUACCAAAAUUCCUUAUUACGACUACUAUGGAUAAAGAUUCUUCAUUCCUUUUACGAAGUCAAUCCAUCCCAAUUAAUAUAGACUGUUAGCCUUACCAAGUUUGUAGAUGUAAAAUUUAUUCAAAAAUGAAGAGCAAAGUAAGGGAUUUUCAUAGAUUAAUUAUUUUAUUGAGUAAUUCACUCUUGCUUUGUAAAGUGAAAGUAACUUUGCCUAGUUUCUUAGCAAGAGUCAAAAUAAAAUUAGGUGCAUUAAUCAAUCGUCAUACUUUAGAUAAUUAAAACAACGAUUGUUAUAAUCAGUUUAUUUUAUUGACACUUUAAAACUUAAUCAAGAUAAAUGUGAGGACCUCAAAUUUAAAAAAAAAGAAAGCAAUGAUAAGUAAUCUAACAAGAAUGAGAAUGCUAAGUAAAUGGAAAUUUUGUACAAUGAUAUAAUCAAUAGAAACAAAGAAAUACUUGAAAAACUUAGGAAUUUCAAAUGCAACCCUCAAAAUAAUUUAUCAUAAUUGCAUUCAGAACUACAGCAACAGUUGAUUAGAUUAAAUUACUGCGAAAUGUUUGUUGAUUCUUGCUACUACUUGCCUUAUUGA